GCGUGCAUGAUAAUUUCCAGAAAAAGUUUGUUAAAAAGUGCCUCAAAAUGAGUUUCAACGAUAUUUUCAGCAAGCUAACGUGUGGCGCAAAAUUUACCAACAAAAAUAGGCUCUCACUAAAGUCCUCGCUCGGCCGACCAAUGCUGGCCAAAAUAAAGAAAGAAAAGGAUGAACCGGUCGAAGAUACGGACCAGCAAGAUGCCUCGGGAACGGAUAAUGAAAACGUGUUGGUCAAUGCAUCCGAUGCAGACAUUAGAAGCGACUCUCCAUCCGAGUCCGAGUCGGAAGCUGACGAGGAUCGUGCCGCUCCUCCAAAGCGCAAGAAACCGAAAACCCUGUCGGCCGAAACGCAGGAACAGAUGCGUCGCUGUAGGGUGAAAUCGUUGCGGAAGGCGAACAAAAUCUACAUCAAAAAGGCCAAAAAAUCACCCAACAUACCGGAUGUGAUAGAGACGUUCGAGGAGCUGUCCAGCGCGUACAAAGUUUCGCACCGGCUAGUGGCCAACAUCGCUGCGUGCUACAGCGCCCCAACACCCGUGCAGAUGCAAGCGAUUCCGGUGCUGCUGCACGAAACCUCACUCCAUGCCUGUGCACCGACGGGAUCGGGCAAGACGGCCGCCUUCCUUAUUCCGAUCUUGCACCAUCUCAAAGGACCGACGAAAUGUGGCUUUCGGGCGCUCAUCAUCUGCCCUACUCGCGAGCUGGCAAAGCAGACGCAACGGGAAGCGCUUCGGCUUGGCGAUGGCAUGAACAUACGGACACACGUGAUACGCACCGUGGACGAUCGGAGUAAAUGCGAUUAUACCAUGGAGAGUGGGCGCAAGUAUGAUAUCUUGGUAACCACACCGAAUCGAAUCUGUUACCUGUUGGCCCAAAAGCCACCACAGAUCGAUCUAAGCAACAUCCAAUGGGUGGUGGUGGACGAGGCGGAUAAACUUUUUGAAGAUUCGAAAAAUUCCUUCCGCGAACAACUGGACACGGUGCUGAACGCCUGCGUAAAUCCUACGAAAGUAGUUGCCUUAUUCAGUGCAACACAAACGCGCGAAGCGGACCAGUGGGUCGCUAGUAAUGUUCCGAGACGGAUACGCUUUUCCAUCGGCCAGACAAACAGUGCGGUUGAUUCGGUGGAGCAAAAGCUGCUCUUCACUGGCAACGAGAGUGGCAAAUUGCUCGCAUUCCGUGAGCUGGUAGCUCAAGGCCUUAGCCCACCGGUGCUGGUGUUUGUCCAGAGCAAAGACCGUGCCCAGCAGCUAUUCACCGAGCUGAUCUACGAUGGGCUAAACGUAGACGUUAUACACUCGGACCGAUCCCAGCGCGAACGGGACAACGUUGUGCGCGCCUUCCGUGAGGGCAAGAUCUGGAUACUAAUAUGUACCGAGCUGAUGAGUCGUGGUAUCGAUUUCAAAGGAGUGAAUCUGGUCGUGAACUAUGAUUUCCCACCUUCCACCAUUUCGUACGUGCACCGUAUUGGGCGUACGGGGCGUGCUGGUCGACAGGGAAAGGCCAUCACUUUCUUCACUAAAGACGAUACGGCAAAUCUGAAAAGCAUUGCACAGCUGGUUAAAGCAGCAGGCGGUGAGGUGCCGGAAUACAUGCUUCAGCUGAAGAGUGGAUCGCGACGCGAUCGCGAAAAACUGGCCCGCAAAGCACCGAAGCGAGCCAUGAUUCGUACCCUGCCUGCGUUUGAGCUGCAGCAGCUGCAACGGAAGAAAAAGUUCGUGGCUAAAACCAAGGGAAAAAUGGCACGCAAAGGACCUCCAGGACAGACGACACAGCACAGUUCGAACGAGUGAGGAGCCCACGAAGGAGCGUGGUAUACAGAAGCAUAUUUGCACUCAUAUUACACGGAAUAAAUGUUGCCCUUUUGCGAUAGUA